AUGGAUCCAGAUAUCUAUUAUGUUGAAUCCAUUAGCGAAAAGCUACUCGAUCAAGCUUUUACCUUGUUGACGGACGGGAUUAAGGAUAUACGCAAAAGUAUUCAAGGUGCCUCCGUUAACAGCGCCUUGAUAUUACAUGCUAUUGCAUUUGCGACUAAAAUACUUGAUAAGUAUCCCAGUAUACCAGAUGAAUCCAUUGACAGAACGAUGCUAUUACGUGCGAUUCCAAUCUUGACGCAAAGGCUUCAAUAUAUGCUUAAACAUAAACGAGAGGAAUAUCAAUGUUUCAAGGACCAUGCCUUAGAAGGUAUAAAAAUCUUAGUUAAAACGUCCGCUAAUACCAAUAAAUCUACUAUUGUAAAUGGGACCAACUACACCGUUGGGACAGAGACAAAAAGAAGCCAACAUGAGAAGUAUAAAAAACUGACUAGUGACAGUCCCAUUAUCAGACCAAAAUUGCGAAGUGAAUACGAAGAUGAGACGCCCACCGACCACUCGACUGAUGCUGAGAGUGACUCACUGCCCAAGUAUGAUUAUGGCACAGAUAGUCAACCUAAGACGCCUUCAAUCAUCGGAUACUCAACUGAUGCUAAUAAAACGAUAUUACCUUCUAUUGUUGUCAAUGGCGACCAACUACACAGUUACGAUAGAGACAAAAACUGGCAACAUGAGAAAUAUCAAAAACCAACUAGUAACAGUCCCAUGAUCAUUUCUAAAUCACGAAGUGACGAAGACAGUCAGUUUGAAACAUCCUUAAUCAUUGAUGUCACGAAAGACUUGGUAUCUGUGCUGGAUGAUGGCGAAGAUAUUCAACUUGAAGUGCCCUCAAUUACCAACAACACAACUGAUGCUAAGCACGAAUCGCUCUCAAAGUUGAAUUAUGGUGAAAAUAACCAACUUGAGACUCCUUCAAUCACCAGUCACUCAACUGAUGAUAAUGAUGAAUCACUAUCAGAGUUGAAUGGUGGCGAAGAUAAUCAACUUAAGACGCCCUCAGUCACCGAUCACUCAAUUGAUGCUAAGGAUAACUCACUAUCCAAGUUGAAUGGUGGAGAAUGUAAACAACUUGAAACGUUAUCAAUCACUAAUCACUCAAAUGAUGCUAAGAAUGACUUGCUAUUCCCGUUUGAUGAAGGUGAAGAUGACCAACCUGAGAUUCCCUCAAUAGCUAUUGAUCCCUCUGGUGAUGCUGAGGAUGGCUUAAUACCUAAGUCGGAUGAAGGCAAAGAUAAUCAACUUGAGAUGCCCUCAAUCACAGAUCAUUCAAUUGAUGGUAAGGAUGACUCACUAUCCAAGUUGAAUGGUGGCGAAAAUAAUCAACUUAAGACGCCCUCAGUCACCAAUCAUUCAACUGAUGCUAAGGAUGACUCAUCCAAGUGUAAUGGUGGAGAAUAUAAUCAACUUGAAAUGCCUUUAAUCACCGAUCAUUCAACUGAAGCUAAGAAUGACUCGCUAUCUCCGUUGGAUGAAGGUUAUAAAGAUAACCAACCUGAGAUUCCCUCAAUAGCUAUUGAUCCCUCUGGUGAUGCUGAGGAUGGCGUAAUACCUAAGUCAGAUGAAGGCAAAGAUAAUCAACUUGAGAUGCCCUCAAUCACCGAUCGUUCAAUUGAUGGUAAGGAUGACGAACUAUCCAAGUUGAAUGGUGGUGAAGAUAAUCAAAUUGAGAUGCCCUCGGUCACCGAUCACUCAACUGAUGCUAUGGAUGACUCAUCCAAGUUGAAUGGUGGAGAAUGUAAUCAAUUUGAAAUGCCUUCAAUCACCGAUCACUCAACUGAUGCUAAGAAUGACUCGCUAUCUCCGUUGGAUGAAGGUAUAUAUAACCAGCCUGUGACUCACUUAAUAACCAUUGAUCACUCUGCUGAUGCUAAGGAUGACUUAAUACAUAAAUCGCAUGAAGGUCAUGAUAGUCAAUUUGAGACGCCCUCAAUUACUGAUCACUUAACUGAUGCUACGGAUGACUCUCUGUCAAAGUUGGAUGACAGCAAAGCUAAUCAAUUUGUGAUGCCUUCAUUCACCUGUCACUCAAUUGAUGCUAAGGACGACUCACUAACCAAGUUAAAUGAAGGCAGAUAUAUUCAACAUAAGAUGACCUCAACCACCAAUCACACACCUGAUUUUGAUAAAGAAUCAAGUAGCAGUCCUGGUAUCAGGUUUAUAACCAGCACUGCAUUUCAUUGGAUAAUUCCUGUGAUUUUGGCCAACUUUUGCAUAUGUGUUGUCAAUGCAAAUCCAGACUUCAUCUACCAACCACCAGCACUGGUUACUGCUAAAGAAGGGAACUCGAUGUCCUUGUCAUGUAUCUUAAAUUCUGAAGCAGAAUCUUUUAAAGUCGUCUGGACAAAGGACUCAUAUUACAUCAAUAAUCCAACAAAGUUUGACCAAGAUCGCUUUAAGGAAACAAACGAAACAGCUCGACAUUAUAAACUGAUAAUUAAUCCUGUAACGAGAGAAGAUGAAGGAACAUACAAAUGCGUUUCUAUUCUUGGAGAUGUGCGAAAGAAAACAAUAUUCACAUCUGGUUGUCAGUUGAAAGUUAUGAAGGUGCCUGGUCCUCAAUACCCACAAGUAAUUCUCUCAAAGAGUCAGUACAGCCUUGGUGAAGAUAUCGUUGCUUAUUGUAUUAGUGAGCGAGUUGAUCAACCAUCAGAGAUAACCUGGAUUGGUAGUCCAGGCAAAAAUAAGCCAUUUCAGAAUGAUUCUCAUGUCGGUAUAGAAAAUCGCAUUGAAGCAAGUGAAAAGCUGAAUCAAACUUCGUUUCUCUGCAAAAUGAAAGUACAUAAAGUAUUAUUUGUUCCGAGGUUUAAACGCUCGAUGCCGAUUGUAGUCAUGCCUUCUCUACAAGAAGCUGGUAAUCAUUCUGAAAGCAAAGGCAUUACUGGAUCUACACCUACUACCAUUGCAACUAGACACAGUAAAACUACAGUUGGUUCUGGAGGGAGAAUAGCAUACAUAUCGUUAUUAACAAUAUUUACAUGUUUGAUCUUUUUGCCACUGAUUAUGUAGUAAUAAUAAUAAUAAUACUAAGAGUAGAUUAAUAAUACUGUAUUAAAGUCAUUGUUAUUGGUACGGUAACAAUUGUCAGAUAUGGCAGUGAAAUUUUUCGGCUUACGUUACAUUUAAUGAAAUUACAUUAUUAUUAUAUUAGUGAAGAAUUGAAACAAUGCAGUGUUUUUUAGUUGAUAUCAUGCAUUUAAUUUUAAUAAGUAAAGUAUUAUACUGUAGUUCUUAAUAUGCAAUUUUAUCCUAAGUAUAGGUGUUAUGAGAAUAUAACGCAUGAAAG